AUGCAGGUCGGCCAGGCCCAGGCACAGGAGCAUCACUUUGGCCAACAGCCUAUAACAUACCAGCCUGGCCUGGCCGCCACGCUCUUCCCGUACCAGCAUCAACACGCGCAGCAGUCACAGCAAGGGCAGCAACAGCCAUUGCCCGCCGACCCAUCAGCAGCCUUCGCAGCCGGAGGCUACCAGCCGCAGCUGUACUAUCAACCCAGCCAGCCACAGGGCCAGGGCCAUCACACCAGCCGCCCCGCCCAGUCAUCACACCUGGUCCACCACAUAGCACAGCCGCUGGAGCCGGGGAUAGCCUUCCCUGCAUCCGGAAACCUGACCAUGGCACGUCGUGGCGGACGCAGCGACACUGGCGCUGGCGGGGGCUGCAACUCCUCACCUUCCAGCCCCGAGCACCUCCCAGGACACAACCCGUUCGACAUCCUCCCCGCCCAGGGCCUCCCUUCCUUCAAGUCCGAGACGGCGCAGAACCAUCACCAACAGCUCGACGCCGCCGGCAAAGAGCAGGCCUUCCCCCAGAUCUGCUGGCCGACCACCCCGCCGCCAUCGCGGGGCCAGUGGCCGGUAGACGGCACGCAGCUCGCGGACGGCGUCAUGUUUCCCCACCACCACCAGAUGCCCAUGUACGACGGGCUCCCGACGGAUAUUUGGUACUCCAGGGCCGCGGCCGGCAGCCAGACGGCGGCAGCGACCGUCUCGCCCAAGGACAUCCGGUUCCCGCCGCCGGUGGCGCCCGACGAGCCCUUCCGCGCCAACCUCUUCGGCGGCGGCGCCCAUGACGGUGACGGCCCCUUCGUCCUGGACGCCCAGGCCGACCCCUCGAAGCUGUACCUCGACCGCGCGUCCCCCUCGCUGCCCAUGUCCGAGUGGCCGCCGCAGCAGCAGCCCGCCGCCUACCAGCCCGAUCCCGCGCUUCUUGAGAUGCACAACGACCUCUUCUACCAGAUCAUGGGUGAAGGCGGAGAUGCUGUGGGCAGCAGCAACAUCAAAAGCACCGUUGACGAGACCAGACGACCGACCAGCGGCGGGACCUCGUCCUCGCCGGCCAAACAAAAGAAGCCCAGCAGGGGCCACCAGAAACGCAAGGAGCUGCUGGCAGAGGAACCCACGGGGCGCAGGGGGUCGGCGAUCCCCGACCUGCGCCCCGGCGCCGGCGGCGCCACGGCUGGCAGGAGGACCUCGCUGCCGCGGCAGGACGCGGCGGCCGGAAACAAGCCCAAGCGACGGAGCGGCGUCGGCGUCGGCGUCGUCGACAGCCACGCCCAGCAGCACUACCAGGGCGCCUGGGAGAUACAGCCGAUACAGGCGAUGCCGAGUGCGUCGCCGUACCCGCAGCAGCAGCAGAGGGAGGAGGGUCCAAAUACGACGGUGAUGGCAGCAGCCCCGCCGCCCCCUUUUAUCCCUGUGGCGGCAACACCGCUACCGACGACGACAGCAGCACCUGCGGAAGGCGCCCAGGGUACCCCGCAGCGCCGAACCACGCGGCGGCGGCGCGACCCGGACACGCCGCCCGAUAGCGCCGACGACGACGACGUCGCGACCGCCGCCGCCGGCAAUCAGGUUCUCCCGGCCGGGGCGAGCAAGCGCGCCCAGGACGAGUUCCUGGUGCGGAUGCGGCGGCAGGGGGUGCCGUACAAGACCAUACUCGCCAACGGGAACUUUGAGGUGGAGGAGGCGACGCUGCGGACGCGGCACCGGUCCCUGGUCAAGCGGCCCGAGGAGCGGCCGAGGGUGCCCGAGUGGACCACCGUAGACGACAAACUCCUCGAGCGAAUCGUAAUGGAAAUGAUGAAGGAUCACAAGAGAGACAGGGCCUUGAUCCCCUGGGCCAAGGUCGGCCCGUACAUCAAGAGGAGCGGCGGCACGCACGAGUUCGGCCCGCAGGCCUGCCACAAGCGCUGGGACGAGCUGGUCGCCAUCUCCAAGGCGCGCGGAUCCUCGACAGACCAGAAGAAGCAGGGAGGCGGCCGCAAUCAACGUUCCCGGUGA